AUGCGUCAGUAUCAAGCUAUCCAUAUGAAGUUUAUCUAUCUGGGUACGCUGACCAAGUUGCUUACUUAUUUGCACACCGCGAAUAAAUAUCUAUCUAUCUAUCGAUUUCCUGUCAAAUUCCCCUAUCAUUUUCCGAGUGUGCCUACCCGGAAGCUAAUAUACGUAUCCGUAUGUUCUUAUUGGAAUGCAUUUCAAGUCGUAAGAUUUCCUGCCCCUUCUUUACCUUCCGUUCACUUCCCUUCUAACCCCUUUCUUCUUUCUCCUUCCUCUCUCUCUUUCUCUGUCUCUCUCUCUCUCUCUCGCUGUUUUCUGAUCUCACCUUUAUCCUCCCUCCUCUCUCUCUAUGUGUUCCCACCUCUUUACCUUCAUCACUCACUAUCCUUCCUCAUACUCUCUGUUCGCCAUCACUCCUCCUCACCCUUCGCCCACCCCCUCGCAUUGUGUGUGACCAUAUCUCAUUUUCUCCCUCCCUCACCCUCUCUAUGUUCUGUUCUGUGUCUAACGAUGGAGAGACUAUCUAUUUAUCUAAUACUGAAAUUCUAA